UAUAACAUGUUUGUCACUUGGCCCGCCCCGUUACAUCACCACCAAUAGUUUAAAAAGGCACUCUGGAGUUCAGACACUAUCAAGCUGCACAACUUGUUCACACCAAAGAAAUGAUGGAUCACCCAACCUUUGAACGAGAGAACCAAGAGCGUGUGCAGGCGGUGGAGAGUUCAUUCCAUCAAGCAGGGAAGCCCUUGUCCAAGCCGGGCCGGAUUCUAAUCGGAGAGGGAACUGUGUUUAAGCAGGGUCGCAAGAAGAUACAGCAGAAAAUCCUCUUCCUCUUCACUGAUAUUCUGGUGUACGGCAGCAUUGUUGUGCCUGGUCGCUGGUACAAAAAGCAGAAGAUCAUCCCUUUAGAGGACAUUGAGCUGGAAGACCUGGAGGACAGUGACAUAUUCAAGCAUCAGUGGCUGAUCCGAACACCGAGCAAGUCUUUUUUUGUGUCCGCCCCUUCAUACGAGGAGAAGAAGGCCUGGAUAGAGCACAUCAAUGAAUGCCGGUGCAGCCUAAUGCAGGGCACCAGCUGCAAACCUUCCAAGAAGUUUGCUGUUUCCUGGAUUCCUGAUCCGGCUGCUUGCAAAUGCAUGCGGUGCCUCUCUACAAAGUUUAGUGGGGUCAAUCGUCGACACCACUGCAGGAAUUGCGGCUUCUUGGUCUGCAAUUCAUGCUCCAAGCAACGUGCCGUUAUCGAUCACAUCCACCCCACUAAAAAGCUGAGGAUCUGCAGUUUCUGCUACAAGAAUAUUAAUGAAGAGAAGUUUCGCGACAGGGGAGACAGCGCCGGGAAAAGCAGCUCAGAGGAGGAAGAGUUUUGUCCUUCUGGUGAGGAAAAUGAGAAAGUGGAGGAAGGAGAGAUAGGGAUCUAUUCUCCCAGCAACUGGCUGGACACCAAAAACGGGACUUGGGAACGACUGAGCAUUUAUGAUUACCCAAAGUCAAUACCAUCACAGUAGCCAAUAAACUGCAACAAAGACGCUUUUGAAUGGAUUCAGAUUACACAAAGUUGAUUUUCUUACAUGAAGUUACAUAAAUGUAAAGAUAAAUGUGACGACGUAUCAUUUGUUUGUGUCUAUUUGUGUUUUAAUCUUAGGCUGUACACGCAACAAUUUGCACUGUAAAUAACAAAUCAGGAGUGAGUCGAAAAAAUCAUUUUAAAAAGACAAGAAUAUAUCAUCUUUGUACAUAUUCAGUGCCAUUAACCAUGCUAGUUAAAUGAAUAAUGCUCCAUCUGCCUGUCACUUUGCUGCUGGAACAGCUGAAUUUCACAAUAAAGGAUAUUUCUAUUCCAAAAA